CCCUCUGAGUUGCACACGUGACCACUCUCCAGGAGGCUGGACAUCUCCGGCCCCUGCUGGUGGCUAAUGAGGUCCACGUGGAGGGCAGGAAAGGGAACUUCCCUCAGGGGCUUGGUCAAGCCUCCAAGGUUGGGGACUCGCCAGCUGUGUGACCACUCAUGGGAAUCAUCUGGGCUUGGGAGCAGAAGUGUGACCAAGCCUGGGCCUUGGAGCAGAGGCAAGAACAUGAGCCGUCUCUACACAAGUGACAACUGCUCAUUCGAUGACGUGGAUAAGCUGAUGAGUACCUUGCAGCUGGCAGUCCACAUCCCCACCUUCCUCCUUGGCCUGGUCCUUAAUCUCUUGGCCAUCCGAGGCUUCGGCGCCUUCCUUAAGAAGAAGAAGAGGCAGCCAGAAUACAUUGCCACUUCCAUCUACAUGAUUAACUUGGCUGUCUUCGACUUGCUGCUUGUGCUUUCACUCCCAUUCAAGAUGGUUCUGCCACAAGUGGACUCCCCCUCCCCCAUCUUCUGCACUCUGGUGGAGUGCCUGUACUUCAUCAGCAUGUACGGAAGCGUCUUCACCAUCUGCUUCAUCAGCCUGGACCGCUUUCUAGCCAUCCAGUACCCAAUCCUGGUCAGCCACCUCCGGUCCCCCAGGAAAACCUUUGCGAUCUGCUGCAUCCUCUGGAUCCUGGUAUGGAUCGGAAGCACCCCCAUCUACACUUUCCACGGGGAAGUUGAGAAAUACAAGUGCUUCCAUAACAUGUCUGAUGGCACCUGGAGUGCCAAGGUCUUCUUCCCCUUGGAGAUCUUUGGCUUCCUCCUUCCCAUGGGCAUCAUGGGCUUUUGUUCCUAUAGGAGCAUUCACAUUCUGCUGGGCCGUCCAGACUACACCCAGGACUGGAUCCGACAGAGAGCCUGCAUCUGGACCAUCGCUACCAAUCUUGUCAUCUUUGUGGUCUCUUUUCUCCCAGUGCACUUGGGUUUCUUCCUGCAGUUCCUGGUGAGGAACGGCUUUAUCUUGGAGUGCAGAGUCAGGCAGAGCAUCAGCUUGUUCCUGCAAUUGUCCCUGUGUUUCUCCAACAUCAACUGCUGCCUUGAUGUUUUCUGCUAUUACUUUGUCAUCAAAGAAUUCCGCAUGGGCAUCAAGGCCCACCGACUUCACUCAGUCCAGCUGGUCCACCAGGACACCACGAUCUCCAGGGGUUAAGGGAAGGUACCCCUCUCAAGGGAAGGAGAUCCUAGUCCCAAAAUCUUAUAAGGAACAUUCUGUGCU